AUGAUUACUGAGAACGCCACCUGGUGGAACAUGUCCAUAGAGCCUCAGCUGAAUGUUUCCUUUAUAAUUUGGACGGAUAGUGAAAAAGAAGAAAGCAACUUUACUUCAACGGAAAACUACUCCGUUCCGGAAGGUAUUCAAGCACUUAUGUAUGUUAUGUACACAACCAUUUCUCUCGCUGCUGUAGGUGGAAAUGGAAUAGUAUGUUACAUCGUACUUGCUGAUCGGCGCAUGCGCACAGUCACCAAUUAUUUUAUUGUCAACUUAGCCGUGGGAGACCUGUUGAUGGCCAUCUUAUGCAUUCCUUUUACUUUUGUGGUCAACUUGAUUCUUCACCGCUGGCCAUUUGGCACAACCUUAUGUGUUGUGGUCACUUACGCCCAAGCUGUGUCGGUGUUCAUUAGUGCUUACACCAUGAUAGCUAUCAGCGUUGACAAGUACAUCGCCAUCAUAAAACCGCUGAGACCACGGAUGACAAAGCUACAGGCAAAACUACUGAUCUUUCUGGUAUGGGCGGUGGCGAUCAUCACCCCACUCCCCACUGCUAUAGUCUCUCGACUUGUGGCAGCAAAGAGCUCAGAUGGUUACCAUUGCACUGAGGUCUGGGAUCCUCCAGAACAGCGUUACUAUUAUGGGAUGUCUCUGAUGACGCUCCAGUACUUUCUUCCUUUGAUGGUACUCAUUUUUACCUACACUAGAAUAGCCAUGGUGGUUUGGGGUAAGCGCACCCCCGGAGAAGCAGAGGAUGGUAGGGAUCAGAGACUGGCGGCAUCCAAACGAAAAAUGGUAAAGAUGAUGAUCACGGUUGUGACGGUCUUCACACUUUGUUGGCUGCCUCUAAACACCUUGAUCGUAGUGGGUGAUCAAGAUCAAUCAAUCUGGUAUCACGAGCAUAUUGAGUACGUCUGGUUUGUUUGCCAUUGGCUGGCUAUGAGCCACGCCUCCUACAAUCCUAUCAUCUACUGUUGGAUGAACUCCAAGUUUCGCAAUGGCUUCUGGCAGAUAUUUUGUCUUCUUUUACCUUGCAUCCGAGGCAGUCGUCCAGUACAUUUUCGAGAAAGAAAAAAUAUUCGAAGUCGUACUUGUACAAGUGAGCGAACCACCAGUUUCAUGACGUCGGUGACGUUCACCACUGUGUCCAACGUGGGCCAAAGCUUAUCCACGAAGAAGGGCAGCACGUUACCUGCUAGGACUAAGUUCAGGCGCCGUAUUUCUAAAUUUGAAGAUGAAACUUCUAUACACUGUAAUUUUGAGUAA